AGCAGUAUAGGUAUGUCGUGUUAGUCUGCCUACCACAGUCCACAACGGUCCAUAGUCGACACUGCUGCAGGCAAACUGGAUUAGGUUUGGCGCGUCAGUCCUUUCAUCUUAAACGCUAGCUGUCCGUUGUCAGUGUGAGUUUCGUGACAUUUGGAGUCAUCCCGUCUCGCCGAUAUAAUCAAGCCACUGAUUUUUCAAUUCCAUCAUAGCCGAUCCUACAUCGUUGGUAUUAAGACGUCUGGCGGCCUUCAAUAAAUUUUCAACAUCCAGAAUAAUAUCGCAGCCCGUCUACAUCACGAUGUCUAACAACACUGGAAACAACGAUUCGAUGGCAACUCGGGAGGAAGCGAGCAAUGGUGCAGAAAAUGGCAGAGGCAUGAGCCGUCGCCGUCGCCGUCGCUAUUCGAAUGGUCGACGUGAAGUAGAAGUAUGUGGAUGUUUGCAUACAGUUGCUCGCGGUUUCUUCUCAGGGCAGAAUGGAAGCAGAGUGCCUACAUAUAAAUUCACUAGUUACCCUUCAGACCCAUCAAUAAUUUACAUCGAUCUGACUAAUUCCGAUGGAGAAGAUGAGAUUAAUGAUGACACAACGAGCAACUUCUACAAUGAAGGUGACGUCGUAGAUGAAAGUGACGAACCGAUGGGGAUAAAUCGUGAAUAAUCGUCUCCGAAUUUUUAUCUAUUCAAAAUAUAUUUUAUAUUAUUAUACUCUUAUUAGAUAUAUCUAUUAUUAUGAACCCGAUAACAGUCCUCCGAGAGUAAUUCCCACUCGUCCACUUCGCCGCGGCCUGACAGUUAAAAUAUUAUUAUGUGUAUGAUUACAGGUAUAAUAAUAUGUGUUUGUAUGUAUGUGCAGCGUGCACAGUGUAAGUUAAUAUACAAUUUCAGUUACAACGUUACUGGUACAUACUACAUCACUGCACAUAAUACAUAUUAUAUAUAAAUAUUAUAAUGAUAGGAUUUUACAAUAAUGUCAAGAGUUGAAUAUUUUAAAAAGAUCUAUGACGGUCCAGCCGUGUAUUGUAAACAUAACAUAAUAAUAUUAUACAUCAUAAUAACAUUUUAUACAAACAUCCGUUCCGCCAUACAACGAUCAGACCACCAUUUUAUUCUUUUACACAUACCUACAUAAUAUGUAGAACCAGAUAAUAUUAUCAUCACAACAAGUAAUAAAAUAAAAAUAAUAGUAUCAUUGUCCAUUGAGUAGGUUUAUAUUGUAAUAUUAGUAUAUUUUACAAUACAUACACAAAUACUCAAUGAUAUUAUGCUACUAACAUUUUUGCCAUGUGUACAAAAUAUUAUAUUAUAAUGUUGUUAAACAUGUUUUACUUGUACUUAUAUCAAGCUCAAAACUAAUAGGGUGUUUUUUCACAAUU